GUGUUUGUGAAUUUCCCUUGAUGGCGUCCGUGCGCAUGAAAUGUAAAUAUGUUCAACUCAAGGUUUAUGUUCACGUCUAUUAAAUAGAUGUCACGGUCAGUUUGCAUACGUAUUUCAUCAAAAGACGACGGGCAAGUUCUUGUUCCAUGGACUUUUGUGAAUUUCAAUCAUGUUUCAUACACUGCGAAUGAAUUACUGAAUGAUAUCCUGUUGGGAAGAGUCAGUUCAGUAGAAGUGAAAACAACCUGCAAAAACUACAAGUUGCAUCAUGGAAUCGCUUCAAGCUCCUUUAAUUCUACUGAAGGAAUUAAGUUUGAUGGAGAGCAAAAUCUUGUUGAAAAAGUGGACAUUUUUGAGACACGCUUCUUUGGGCUGGUUAUUUCCCACAAGGAAGACUGUGAGAUAUGUUCAUCACAAGUGCAAAUACAAGCAGCAAAACCAAAUGCUUUUGAAAUUAUGUUGGCAGCAGCAAGAGAACAACAAAGUGAAAAUGUACCAAGAAGAUAUUCAAGUCCAGGCACCAAGAAGGAAGAACUCCAUAAUAAAGUAUUAGAUUGGUUCCAAGAAAACUGCUGCGAGUUCCCCAGAAGUGUACCACAAAGUGCAAAAUCAUUUGUUGCUAAAAUUUGCAACAUUGCAUGGUACCUUGAUGGACACCAUGGCAAGAUCGAAGGGACACUUCCAUCCAAAUUUCCAAAAAGCUUCAAAAAUCUGUCUGGUUUCAACUUACCUGAGCUUUCAAAACACCGCAAACGCUCUAUCAGCAACAUUUCUGAAAAUAAGCUAAAAGCAAUGUGUAUUGAGUUGAGGGAAGUUAUACAGUCAUUAACAUUUCUAAAUAACAUUGGAUCUCCAUGGAAUGACAUUAAAUGCGAAAUUAUCCAAGCCAUCUGCACAGCUGAAGAAAACAAAGGACACCUGAAGGAUUAUUUAUUGGAAUUAAAUAAGAAAGUGGAAAGUUCUGAGCUAUUCACUCCUGUGUCUGUGCGUGAGUGUUUACCUGCUGGUACAAGUCGGCAGUAUGCUUACUUGAUGAUAGAAGAAUUGAAGUCAACUGGGCUUAAAACAAAGUCGGUGCUGUAUACUUAUUAUCCUGGUGGGCCAAAGCAGGCAUUGCAUUUCAUAUGGAAAAUUGAAAAUGGCCUACCUGAAAGUGAGCUGUUAAAUCGGUGUACUGCACUUAUCAAGAAGAUAGAGAAUGACAUGCCAAAGUUUCUAUCCAGACUUCGGAAACGUGAAUUCAAGCAUAUGUUUGGAUUCUGUGCAAGCCCAGUAGCAUUACGUGCUAUGUUCCGUAACCUGACAAGUGAUUGUUCUGCUACAUCAGAUAUAGACAAAAGGUUUGAUUAUGCAGUUAGGGCUGAAGAUGCAGGAAUUAUUGUAGAUCUGAGAAAUGUCAGUCCAGAAAGAAAGAAGGACACAUUUGCACAGUUUUUUCAAGAAACCGAGCGGUAUUUGUCUGAAGAUGUAGGUGUUACUGUUAAUGACCGAAGACAUGGAGAGCAACUUUAUCUUGCAAAGGCCCUGAGUUUUACCGAUCUACACAAGCGUGUUGCCGAAAGGCUACCUGAAGGGACACCAACACCUUCAGUAAAGUGGUUACGCUAUCAAUUUCAACCUCUAAAUCCAAAUGCAGUGACAGCCAAGUACUUUAAAGGCACUCUAAACAUUAAGAUGAUGGUUCAAAAACGCCAGGUACGAGUCAAUCAUGUGGACUCCCACUAUUGUGCAGCAAUGUGGCGUUACAUGAGAGAGUUUGCAGUGAUGCACCGUGAUGUGGUGGAACUGGUUUCUAUGGACGAUAAACACAAGAUUAAAGUGGGUGAGCCCAACUAUCCUCUAGCUGCUGCCCAAAGAGGUAAACAAGUUUUGGUUGGAGUAAACCAAACAAUGGCAGUGGGAGAUCACGAUUUUAGCAAGAGUACACUCACUCCUUCUGUGAAUCUGAUUAUUGAUAUUCCUGAAACUAUCAAUGGCAGUUUUUACAGGGGAAAUGUAUAUGUUGCAUUUAAAGAUGCCGUGUUUGAACCAUCUUCGCCUCUGCGUCAUUCAUCUGAACUUCUGCAAAUUUUACAAGAAAGAGGGGAGUCAAAACCAGUGUUACUUCUUUAUACUGAUGGUGGCCCUGACCACCGGUCAACCUACAUGUCUGUAAAGUUGGCACUAAUUGCUUUGUUUAAAGCACUCGAUUUGGACAUGCUUAUAGCCCUCAGAACAGCCCCAAGCAAUUCAUGGGCAAACCCUGUUGAGCGAGUGAUGAGUAUUAUAAAUAUUGGCCUGCAAGGUGUUGGUGUUAUGCGUGAGAAGAUGAGUCCUGAAUUUGAAAGGGCUGCAGCGAAGGCGAAUAGUGUCAAGGAAAUGCGUAAACAGAUUACUGACAACCUAAAGGAGGAAUUUCACUUGUCUCUAAGGCAGCCAAUUGACCUGUUGAAGGGUCAAAUGUUAAGAUUAGGACUUAAAGAAAAGCCUUUACAGACAUUCGAGCCUUCUACAGAGGAUAACAUCAAUGAACUCUGGCAGCACUGCCUGGCAAUUCAGAAGGAAUUACAGAGAGGACAUACAACUCAAAAAGAUGUGAAAGACCUAUCUCAGCUCCAGAAAUAUCUAAAGCAUUGUUGCAUCCAGAGCCAUUAUGGUUUUCAAAUUAAAAAGUGUGGUAAUAAUCAGUGCGAGAUGUGUGGAGCUUUGAAGGAUGAAAGAACAAGAAAUAUCAAGACAUUACCAUUCCCAGUCUUAUCAGAAGACAAAGAGCAUUAUAAAAAAUUUGAACAGGUGUAUGGUACUAAAACCACUGAAGCACGGCCCAGUUUAAAAGUGAGAACCCCAAAGGAAAAAAAAAGCUUCCAUUCUCCCCAUCUGUACAGCAUGCUAGAAACACUGACACAAUGGUGCAAUGUGAAGAGUGUGAGAAAUGGAGAUUAGUUUUUUCAAGAAAAAAGUUAAAAAGGCAGCAAAAAGAAAAGCUUGACCAGCUAUUAGAUGACAUCUCUUACACAUGCGGGUUUACGUUUGGUAAUGUAAUUUUAUUUAAUUUAACCAUAUAUAAGCCAAUAUAUGUAUGUGUGUUAAUUUUUUCUUCAAUUUAACUGGUCACUAACUAUGUGCAGAUCAUUGUAUUAAAAGUGGU